AUGAUUCAAACACAGCAUCUGUACUCGCAUCAGCAGCAGUACAGUCAGCACGAGUCGGCUUGGCAACAUGCUGGCCCUCAGCAAGGCAUGAACCACGGAUCUCAGCAAGCUCAGGCCCAGGCGGCUGCAGCUGCUGCGGCCGCCGCUCAGCAACAACACUACUCGCGCAUCGCCAUGAACCAGAACCACAACUCCUCCCACGCUCAGGCCGGCAAUCGUCAGAGCUCAGGCGACAACGCACCCAACAACAUGGGCGCUUCCCUCAUGAACGACCGUGGCGAACCGGGCCAAGACGACGAGAAUCGCAAAGUCUUGCAAUGGGUGUCGGAGCUCAUGGAUCCCAACCGGAGAGAGGGUGCACUGAUGGAACUGAGCAAGAAGAGAGAACAGGUCCCAGAACUCGCUCUGGUCCUUUGGCACAGCUUUGGUGUCAUGACGAGCUUGCUCCAAGAAAUCAUCUCGGUCUAUCCGCUCUUGAACCCUAGCCAGCUCACUGCAGCGGCCAGCAAUCGUGUCUGCAACGCCCUCGCUCUCCUGCAGUGCGUGGCAAGCCACAAUGAGACUCGAGGUCUGUUCUUGAAUGCGCACAUUCCCCUGUUCCUCUAUCCUUUCCUCAACACUACGUCCAAGUCACGACCAUUUGAAUAUCUCAGACUUACAUCACUGGGUGUCAUCGGGGCCUUGGUCAAGAAUGAGCCGUCCGCCAGUGUCUCGAUGAACCCGAAUGGGACUCCUGGUAAUGCCAACAAUUCUUCCCCGACCAUCACGUUCCUCUUGACCACUGAGAUCAUUCCCCUCUGCCUUCGCAUCAUGGAAACUGGCAGUGAGCUCUCCAAGACGGUGGCCAUUUUCAUCGUUCAGAAAAUUCUGCUCGAUGACACUGGUUUGGGAUACAUCUGCGCCACUUACGAGAGAUUCUACGCUGUGGGCACGGUCUUGAGCAACAUGGUCAUUGGUCUCGUCGAGACUCAAACCGUGCGUCUGCUGAAGCAUGUUGUUCGAUGUUUUUUGAGGUUGAGUGACAACAAUCGCGCUCGUCAAGCACUUCGACAAUGCCUUCCAGAGCCUCUUCGCGACGCCACUUUCUCCAACGUUCUUCGCGACGACGCCGCAACCAAACGCUGCCUUGCUCAACUUCUCAUCAACUUGAGCGACACGGUCACCGACAGUCAGAACGACCAAUUCGAGUGA